CCCCAUGGCCUGGCGGACCCAUGGCGCUCCCCUCGGCAGGCUGGCCUGGCCCAUGGCACGGGCUGAGUGCGCCUGGCUCCGCCGGGUGUCGAGGUCUGGAGGGCUGGCCGCCCGUGCGCCGCACCGCGAGCAACCCGCGAUACGUAAGACGUGUGUAGUGGACGGGGCCUGACGGGCCUGACGCGCACCCAGGGCCUGAGGCUGAGGCCCAGGCUCCUCCAGGGGUCCCCCCGGCGGGCCCCCCCGGCCCCCCCGGGGCCCGCAUGCCGCCCCAGGGCCCCCCGGGGCCGCAGCCCCAGCCGGCUGAGAGGGUAGCCGCAGCUGCCAUGUCCGCACCUGUCUCCGCACCUGCCACAGCCCCCGACCACCGGCAGCAGCUGGCUGGCGACGACGGCCUCGCAUCGCUGGCCAGCCGGGUGGCCAACGGCAGCAGCGAUGUCUACGACCAGUCUGUGCUCCGGAGGCGGAGGGACCCUGACGGCGACCAGGUGUUCUGUCCGCCGGAAACUGCGUCCCCCGUCCAGGAUGGCGCUAAGGGAGUGUCGUCGGCGUCCUCCACGCCGGGCAACAACGGCUAUGUCCAGGGCAAGGCUGCGGUGUCUCGCCGCGACGAGGAAACCCGACCGGUUGAGAGGGAGGCCUCGGAACUCGGCUUGUUGGACGCAGUCGACGCCAAGCAGCCCAAGCUCCUGACCUUCGACGACGUGCCUCAGCACCUACAGUUCAACCCCUACAUCGUGACGGGCUACCGGCCCAUGUCCAACUUCUGGGGCUCUUUGCGCAGCCUCUUCUACCUGCACAAUGAGACCGUCAACAUCGUGACGCACGGCAUCCCCAUCGUGUACAUCCUGCUGGUGGUGCCGGGGCUCGUGCCGUGGGGGCGCCUCGACCGUCACGGCCACUUCCUGGCCUGGUGUCACCUGGUGGGCGCCGUGUCGCCCUGGGUGGGCAGCUUCGUGUACCACCUGUUCAUGAACCUGCAGGCCGGGGAGCGGGUGUACAACCGCCUGCUCCGCUUGGACAUGUUCGGCAUCUGGAUCUGCCAGAGCUUUGGGGCGCUGCCGAUGGUCACGGCGACCGUCUACUGCCUGCCGUGGAACGUGCGCUGGCCAGUCAUCUCCUUGUACUGCGGGCUUUCCCUAUGCGGUCUGUACAAGGCCAUGACGGCGUGGUCGCCCUGGGACCGGCGCCUGUCCUUCGCGCUGCCUUGGGGGAGCCGGAUAGUCCUGUGCCUGGUGCGCGCAGUCCUGGGCGGAGGCAGCCCGCACAACAUGCUGCACCUCAUCCUGCAGGACAGCGUCUCCUUGCUCGGCGGGGUGGUCGGGGCCGUGUACUUCCCAGAGAAGUACUUCCCCGGUUGGGUCGACUACUGUCUCAACUCGCACAACAUCAUGCACAUUCUGACCGUGGCUGCCGUCUACUCCAUGCACUGCGCCACGAUCCAGGACCUGGAGUGGAUCGCGUCCGUGGACUGCAAGCCCGCGGGACCCCCAUGGCCGCCGUGGGGUGCUUGGGUUCCCGGGUCCCUCGGGGCCGCCAAUCAGAGCGUGGAGCUCUGAGCCGCGCGUUCUGUGCCAGGCCGAGUCCGCCGCCUCAGUGGACAAUGCGAGCAAACUUUGGCUGGUUUGGCAACAAAUUCCCGCCUGGUGCAAGCGGUUUUGCGGUAAUGGGCAGUGUGUCUUCGUCCAUUCCUUGCUGUGAUCGAAGCUAGAAGUGUAGUCGUACUGACGAAAGAACAGUACAGUUGUCCCUAUCUCCACCACGCGUUACAGCCAACUGUGUUGUUCUUUCGCUGGACGCACCAUAAUUACAGUUAUUUCACUCAAAUCUCAUGUGUGCUACAUUGCUCUGUUGUGUUUCGUUCGAGAUUCUCAUUUUUUCUAAUUUUGUUGGUGUGAUUGGUAAUAUUGUUUAAGGUUGAUAUGUUGUUAAUUGAGGAAGAUGAGUAGCCAUAAUAGGUAGGAAUAGGAUAAAGUGGCUCUAUGAAAGGGUGAGGUCGAGCUCAGAUCUUACUGUUUGGUGUCUGUGAUAUGUCACUAUUAGAAACAAAAUUUUCAAAUUUUCAGACCAAGUGUCUUUAUGACAAUGACUUGUUUGAUGACAUCUAACAGCACACAAGUCAAAACUUAACAAAUCCUUCAUGAAGGUAAAUAAUCUAAUUUUGAUGUUAUUAAAGUUGUCUUUUUCCAGAACAUAGGGGGAAAUUAAGAACAACCUACAUUAUUCCUCAAAGGACAAAAUCUAUAUUGUUAAUCAGUGAAGUCUUAGUUCUUGUUUUCUUUGUAAGCUUUUGUAAUUUUAUUACUCCUACAGAAUUUAAAAACUCAUUCCUAAAAAAUCUAUGUUUCAUCCAAUGUAUUCUUUUGCAUAGAAUAUGGACAAAACAUGGAUUUUUGAAAGAAACAAGUAAUUUGUAGGCCAGAUAAUCGCUUUCUUUCCUCUAGGUUUUACUCUGUAGUGUAUGGUCAGUGACAGCUGCACUAACCAUUUGCAUGCCUGAUUUAUGAAAAACUUCAUUGAUUGAGAGAAGUUUUAAGUACAGCACUGACCAACCUGGCAAGUACAAGUGCAUUUGUCAAAUAUAGGGCUCUCUAAAAGAGAUGUGAGGAAACUGUGCUCAGAACAAAUGUGUACACUCCAAAAUGUUAACAAAAGUCAACAUUUGUUUUUUGAAAAAAAAAAAAGAAAAAAAAGACAAGUGAGCAAAAGUUUGCUCAUGGCUGUGUAAUGACUGUGAUCAAACACUGUACCUCAGAAUUUAAAAUGCACUUUGGAAAGGAAGAACUACAGAGCAUAUUAUUAAAAAGUGUUGUAUUUUCGAGGGUAAAUUGAUAUCUACUUACAUCAGGUUUGCAAACAUAGGCAUCUGAGGGGCGUCGUCCUUGGCUCCAUCAACAGCAUUUAGGUAAUAUUGUCUCACUUUGUGACACUAUCAUUUUGCUCAAAAGUAGUCAAUAUAUUUCUCAUAUAAAUCAUAUGAAAGAGAGAAAGUAGGCAGUAGACCAUUUUAGAAGCUAUUCAGGUCUCCUUUGGAUUGAUCAGGGUUCUCAAUAGAAUUUGCUAUUCUAUUUACAGGAAAUGACUUGCUUUUGAACUUAAUACACAAUUUAAUUUACAAGACCUAUCAAUAGCCAAAGGUCAAAAUAGACGCACUAGCUUUUAACAACUUUAGAAUAACUUCUCUGCUCAUUGCAUACAUGUAUUUUUUUGUACUUGAAAAGAAUUCAUUAGUCUCAACAAAAACUGUGAUUCUCAAUGCUGAUCCAUGAAUAACUAAAAUAACUACUGUAUAAAAUAACUUAUUUGAAGAACCAGAUUGCUUUCUUAAUAUACCAGAAUGAAGAACAUGUCUCUUCCUCUUCAUCUCUUGCAGAACAAUACUUUCACUUUAAUUCAUUUACCGAAGUGUGCUUUUUACUUUGUGAAUUUUAUCCGUGUACAAGUUUUAUGCUUUGGAAUACUUGACACAUUUUGAACAAAAAAUAAACAACUUCACACAACUCA